GGAGGAGGCGGCGAGGAGCGCGCCGGCCGCGGCCGCGGGGGGGGGGGUUUGGAAAAAUGACUCAGUAAGUUCAGCGCGCCCGCUCCGGCCGGCCCUGCGCCUCCCGCCGCGCCCGGGAUGUAUUCGUCCCCGCUCUGCCUGACCCAGGAUGAGUUCCACCCUUUCAUCGAGGCGCUGCUGCCUCACGUCCGCGCCUUCGCCUACACCUGGUUCAACCUGCAGGCGCGGAAGCGCAAGUACUUCAAGAAGCAUGAGAAACGGAUGUCGAAGGAUGAGGAGCGGGCGGUGAAGGACGAGCUGCUGGGCGAGAAGGCCGAAGUCAAGCAGAAGUGGGCAUCGCGGCUGCUGGCCAAGCUGCGCAAGGACAUCCGGCCCGAGUGCCGCGAGGACUUCGUGCUGGCCAUCACUGGCAAGAAGGCGCCGGGCUGCGUGCUCUCCAACCCCGACCAGAAGGGCAAGAUGCGCCGCAUCGACUGCCUGCGCCAGGCCGACAAGGUGUGGCGGCUGGACCUGGUCAUGGUCAUCCUCUUCAAGGGCAUCCCCCUGGAGAGCACCGACGGCGAGCGCCUGGUCAAGGCGGCGCAGUGCGGCCACCCGGUGCUCUGCGUGCAGCCGCACCACAUCGGCGUGGCAGUCAAGGAGCUCGAUCUCUACCUGGCCUAUUUCGUGCGGGAGCGAGAUUCAGAGCAGAGUGGCAGUCCCCGGGCAGGGAUGGGCUCCGACCAGGAGGACAGCAAGCCCAUCACACUGGACACCACUGACUUCCAGGAGAGCUUCGUCACCUCUGGUGUGUUCAGUGUCACUGAGCUCAUCCAAGUGUCCCGGACACCUGUGGUGACUGGAACAGGACCCAACUUCUCCCUGGGGGAGCUGCAGGGACACCUGGCAUAUGACCUAAAUCCAGCCAGCACCGGCAUGAGAAGAACGCUACCCAGCACAUCCUCCAGCGGGAGCAAGCGGCACAAAUCUGGCUCGAUGGAGGAAGACGUGGACACGAGCCCCGGCGGCGAUUACUACACCUCGCCCAGUUCUCCCACGAGUAGCAGCCGCAACUGGACGGAGGACAUGGAAGGAGGCAUCUCAUCCCCAGUGAAGAAAACAGAGAUGGACAAGUCUCCUUUCAACAGCCCAUCUCCCCAGGACUCACCUCGCCUCUCCAGCUUCACCCAGCACCACCGGCCCGUCAUCGCCGUGCACAGUGGGAUCGCCCGAAGCCCUCACCCGUCCUCAGCCCUGCACUUCCCCACCACCUCCAUCCUGCCCCAGACGGCCUCUACCUACUUCCCGCACACGGCCAUCCGCUACCCGCCUCACCUCAACCCCCAGGACCCGCUCAAAGAUCUCGUCUCACUGGCCUGUGACCCGGCCAGUCAGCAGCCUGGACCGUUAAAUGGAAGUGGCCAGCUCAAAAUGUCCAGUCACUGCCUUUCUGCUCAGAUGCUGGCACCCCCGCCCCCCGGGCUGCCGCGGCUGGCGCUCCCCCCUGCCACCAAACCCACCUCCGAGGGAGGAAGCUCGUCGCCGACCUCGCCCUCCUACUCUACGCCCGGCACGUCCCCUGCAAACCGUUCCUUUGUGGGAUUAGGACCAAGGGAUCCAGCGGGCAUUUAUCAGGCACAGUCCUGGUAUCUGGGAUAAGAAAGAUUUCUUCCCACGCCCUGCUCCUUCGUCCCAGGAAUCCCAGGGUGCCGCAUGGCCGGCCCCGGCCCACGUUUUCGGUGGAAAGCUACAGCAAGCAAGAACGCCCCGCCGCCGACUCCCAGCCCGGCCGAAAGACAAAAUCACAUAGACACAAACACAAGAGGAAAAAAAAAGAAAAAAAAACGGAAAAAAAGACAAACGGGGGAAAAAAUUACAAUACAUAAAAAUAAACCCACCCAACCAAGAAGAUAGACGGUAAAGAUGACAACGCUUCGGACUCUCGGGACACCACGGCCGGACGGACCGGACGCUCGGGAUCGUCCUAAGUUAUUCAUCUCCUCUCGCUGCUGCUGCUGCUGGUCAGGGAGGCCCAGCCACCCCCACCUCCUCCCAGGACCAGGUGAGCGCAGCCUGGAGCCCACGCCAGGCCCGUGGGGCAGGGCACCCAGUGCGGCCGCUGUUCCACCCGCGCGCCCACCGCCGCCUCCGGGACAGUGUUCGCCAGGCUGGGGAGGCAGGCCCUGAGGGGCCACCAGGGACCCCAGCAGCAGGCAGCGGAGGCAGCUGGGUGGGCAGGGGGCGACGGGGCCAGAAGAGGGUGGCAGGGAGUCCCCGGCAAGGCCAGGGCACUAGCAUGUGAUGGACGCUCGGCGAAGGCGCGCCCGGCAGGCGUGGACCUCUACCUGCUCUUUCGCGAAGCCCCUCCGCACCUGCCGGGUUUGGGAGACGUCUCUAUGCAAAUGACCCCCAGCCCCACCCCAGGCACAGGAGGCCACCCCAGCGCACCCCAGCCCCCCUCCCACCGGCUCCACACCCCCCACCCACCCUGGGAGGGCCCCACGUUGCACACACUGUAAGAAAUGCACUUUUCCAAGGAAGGGGCUGGGGGCGGUGGAGCGGAGGGGCCUGGGGGCUGCUCUGGUCUCUCUAUCCACCCAACCCUUGAACCGGGGAGGACCCCCCCCCACUUAGCCCGUGGAGGUGGGAGGUGAGAGCGAGUGGUUUAAGUGCCUGAUUUCCACCGCCCGCCCCCCUCCCCUGUGUCCAGCUGGGACGUGAGUGGCCGUGGGCCUCCCCUCUCCCUCCUCUCCUGCAACCUGGCCCCUUCCAGUCACUGACCCCUCAUUGCUAUGCCCCCAUCAGAGCUAGAGAGAUGGAACCUCCGCCUCCAACAGGCCCAGGGGGCAGAGCUGGGCCUCCUCCCAGCAUCCUGCCCUGCUGGGGCACGGGGCCUGGGGUCUCAAGAAGCUGGUGUGCCCCCUCCGCCCCCACGCCUCCUCUGCCAGUGCCUUACAUCCUGGAGCGACAGCCCCUCCCUGGUGCCUCCCGGCCCAAAGGGGGACCAUGGUUUGCACUUUCAUCCCCCACCCCCUGCCGAAGUGGGGCACAGCCAGGAGGCGUUGCCGCUGGGUGGCCAGGAGAGGAGCCAGGCCACCUGUGGUCCAGAACGGCCGGGGGCUCUGGCUGGGGGCGGGGAGGUCGGCGCCUUGGGGCUCCCUGCUACCAUGUAGGGGGGCCUCCCAUCUGCUAAACAUUUUCCGUUGAGCCGCUCCAAAAACACUAAACCUGGGGACAUGGGGUGCCCCUUUACCCCCACUCCCUGGCCCCAUCCACGCCUCCUCCCCGGGAUGGCCAUCUCGGGAAGAGGGGCCUGGGAAGGGUGUUAGGUGUUCUGGGAUCACCAGGCCCAAACACAAAGCCCCCUUCCGGCCGUCUGUCUGAAUCCCAGCCGGUCUCCACGCCUGGUGCUGGGGAAUGCCGACCCCCAUCCCCGGCCUAGGCCAAAGCCAUGGCCCUGGGAGGGCCUCCGCCCACUGCUCCCAGCCUGACCCGCCUCUCCCUCUCCUGGUAAACCCCCGGUGCCCCAGGCCUGGCCAGCCUCCUCCCACCUCCCCAGACACCGGACUUUCAUCCCAGACUAGCCCAAGGGGCUUGGCGAACCCACUCGAUCACAAAGAGAAAGACACCCCCACACACAAGACCCUUCCCCACCAGCCGCACUCCCACUGUCCGGAGGGGUUCGAGAACCCUUGGUCCGUCCGUCUGUCCCCAGGCCCCCUCCAGCAGGUGGCCGUUGGGGACCAAAGCAUGGGCCGCUCUGGGGGAGGGCAGGAGGGGUGGGUCGUGCAGUUUGGGGUAUCCGGAAGCUUGUCAGCCGGGAACCUGAGGGUGCGGGUAGGCAGGGAAGGGGAAGGGGCACCCGGCAGCCCCCAGCUUCCUAACUUUGCAUGGUGCUUAGUCGAGGAUUUCUGUGACCUGGCUCCUGACUUCAGCUCGAGGCGGCUGAAACUGCAUGGCAAUUGAUACUGGCUCUAUCUCCCUCCCCACGCCACUCCCAACUCCAGCCCUCCACCACCACCCUCCUUCUCUUUAAAAGAAAACAAAAAAAAAAAGAUACAGAAAAAAAAAAAAACCCUUAAAAAAAUUCCAUGUUUCCUAAUUUGCACGAAAUUUUCUAUCACAUGAUGUGCCUUGCCUUCCAAGAAUAAGUAUUACCUUUAAACAAUAUCAGCGCACACAGAUAGCUGCAUGCACUGCUCGUGUAGUUUAAAAGGAAAAAAAUGACAAAACAAUGACAUGAAAUAAAAAGUAAAAAUUGAAAAGGGAUGUAUUUCUAUUUGUAAAAAAAAAAUUAAGAAUCAAAAAAAAUCACACGCUUAAAAGUCACAUUGCUUAAAAAAAAACAAAGCGAUGCCCGCAACGAUCACCCCACAGCUUGCCCUGCCCCCAGCCUGCCCUGGGCUCUCGUCUCCCCAUCUCCUGCUGCAUGGGGGGUGCCCCCUGGUGCUCUGCAACCCCCCCCCCACCCCUGGCCCCAUCCUCGGGCUCCAGAGGGGUCAUUUCGCAUCCCCUGCCCACAGCAGCGGACAGACCUCAGGGGUGUGCCCUGACCCCAGGCAAGGGCCUCUCCCCUCACUGGGCCACAGGCCAGCCCCCCCAGACGCCGUGCAUGCACCUAUGCGUUCUCACCCCCCCACCCUGGGGCGGCCACCCUGCCGACAGCCAGACUCCCCCCGCCUCCUCUCCCACAGGCUGGCAUCCCCCUGGCUCAGGGUCACAUCGCUGUCUCACUACCCCCCUACAGCCCCCUCCUUCUUGCCAAAGGACCCAUCCCCAUAGACUGGCCUUGGGGUGGCAGAAAGGACCCUCUUGCCAACCCCACCCGCAACCCCCCAGUUCUACUAUGUCUUCCAGCUGUGACUGCAGAGGGGGUCUGGUAUGAAACAAAAAAAGACAAAACCAAACCCGAUAUAUGCAAUAUUUGUCUGUCUGUACCUGUAAGGUCUAGCUCAGCCACGGAGGCCCGGCCGAGGGGUUGGGGCCAGGGGGCACCGCGUCACAGGCCCCGUCCAAGGGGCCGGCCAUUGCUGUUGUCUUUUCUUCGGUCUUAUUUUCUCUUGUUUCCCUUUUUGCCUUCUUUUUCUUUCUCUCUUUCCUUUUUAAAUUUUUCCUCCAAUUUUCUCUGCCUUUAACUCUACCAAAGCCGAGACAGUAGCAGUCAGUGAAGUGUCCAGGCAAGAGACCCCGAGGCCGGGUCCACCAACCUUGGGCCCAUCCCUCCUCGCCAUCUCCGGCCCUCCUGGUCCCUAGGCCCCUCAAACUUCUCCUGUCAGCGCACGCUUGGUGGGCAGUCCCCAUUCGCUCCCCGGCCACCACCUUGGAUGCUAGAAUUGUCUCCAGAGCUGGGUGGGGACUUGCAGCCAGACCCUGGCUUUCAUCUGCCACUCUGCUCAUGCCAUGUUUUCUUCUGAAAAGACACCUUAGCCAGCCCCAGGGCCAGGGGCAGAGACCCGGCCCUGGCCUUGACCCUGCCCUUGAGAACGGCCCUUUGGCCCAAGAGCCCCAGGCCCUGCUUGUCAGUUUCCAUAGGGCCCAUUUCCGGCUUUCAUCCCCCCAGCCACCAGGGAAGUGGGGACAGCCAUGGCACAGGGGAGUGGGUGGCACGUCCCUGUGGGACCCCUCCUCCAUAGGCUCGCCUCAAACCAUGGUGUCCCUCAUGACUGCACCCCACAGCACCCCGGCCUCAGAGCCCCUCCCUUCCUUGCCUGCUGUGCGUCAGAAUAAGGCAGAAAUACUAGGAAUCAGGCUCCCACCUGCCAAUGCGGUUGGGGUUCACGCCCUGGGAGGGAGGUGGGCAGGGUGUUGGGUGUUUUUGGGUUUUGUUUUUUUUUACACUUAUGAAACUGACAUCUCAAACCCCAUCCCCUCCCAAGCCCACCGUCACCCGCUCACUCAUAGCCUAUCCCAUGCAGAAUCCCCCAGCCUGACCUUGGGGUCCAGCCCUUGCUGUGGAAAAGACUUAAGGAGACCUCCCCAAUAUAUACAGAUCACCUCCAUCCCUCUCUUUGGAGGGAGGUAGCAGACCCUGACCAGGGUGGAGGGGGAGGUGUGGAGAGGUAGGCCGACCCCACCCUAUCUGACCUGGGGACGGAGGGUGGGUCCAGGGUCCCCAGUGCCCAGGUCUGGAACCCACGUUCUAGCUGGGUUAUGAGCCCAGAUUCCCACCCUGAGCUAGACAAUCAGACUGGAAGGGAACCCCAAGGGAGGGUGCAGGGAGGGGGCCCUGCUGCAGCUCCCCAAGCAGCAGUUUCAGCCUCAGCACCCCCCACACCCCCAGCUCCGGAACUUUCCCUCUGUCGCCAGAGACAGCAGCAUUCCAGGAGCAAACAGAUUUGGCUGGACAGCUACCAGUGAGGCAGGAUCCCAGGGCCAGGAGCAGCCAUCCAGCCCUCUGUGAGAGACGGGACCCCAGCCACCCACUCCCUCUGGCUUCUCUGAUGGUACUUUGACCUCCAGUGUAGGGCUAUACUAUACAUUAUAUAUAUAUAUGUAUAAUUUUGGAAUUUUUUUCUCAUAAUACAGAUUAUCCAGUGGCUACUUUUUAUUUUGGCCUGGAGUCUCUCUCUCUCUCUCUGAGACCCCUGAUUUUUACUUUUUGUGUGUGGGGGGGUGGGUUAGGGAGGGUGAUGGGAGAGAGGUUCCAGAGACGUGCCCUCAGGUCCUACCUCUCCUGCGUCCUUCUAUCUUUCUGCCCCUUGGGACACUCCCUGAGAGCCACAUCUCCAAACU